AAAAUAAAUGGGCCGUGUCGCGGCAAAACCUGUAUUCGUGACAUCAGUUAUGACGUUGGUAAAUUCUCUGUAAAGUGACGUCAACAUUUUAUUUAAUUUGCGCGAUUUCGUCAUCACUGCAACAUGUGGAUCUGUGUAGCUGUUUUGGACAGUUUUAUAUUUGUGUUAAAUAUGAAAUGAUGUGAUAUGGAUAAUGAAAUAGAACUGUCUGUGUCACAUUAGAAUAGCUUCGCCUAGGGAUGAUGUAUGCGCAACAUGUGAAGGCCAUAGAAAGAACAUUAUGAAGGCAAUAGAAGAGAGUGAAAAGUUAGAGGCUGCCGAAAACUUCAAACAACAUGUGAUAAAUGCCCAAAAAGAAAGAGAACUUUAUAAUGACAGUGUAAAGCGUGCCAAGGAAACAUGCAUAUUAAGUUCUGAUAAAAGAACAAACCACUAUACUUUUGAUUUUAGUAAAAAUGUAUCCAUUCCUCACUUCUCGCGGCAAAUGGGGCCAAUUUAUUUCAUGUCCCUUCGCAAAGUACAGAUUUUUGGUGUACGGAUAGAUGGACUGCCUAAACAGCUCAAUUUUUUGAUUGAUGAAAGUGAAACUAUGGGCAUAGAUGGUACCAAAACACACGGACCCAAUGCUGUCAUCUCGAUGCUGGAUAUGGUGCUAGACACCCACGGGCGUGGUGAAUCGACAUGCUCCAUCCAUGCGGAUAAUUGUCCAGGUCAGAACAAGAACCGCUACCUCAUUGGCUAUUUCACAUGGCGUGUGAUGACCGGCAGACAUGACGUGAUAGAAUACCACAUGCAAAUACCAGGACAUGCCAGGUGUCUGGUUGACAGUGGAUUUGGGCAUUUAAAGAAACUUUACAGGAGGUCGAACAUUGAGACAAUGGACUCAUUGACCCAGAUGGUGAAUAUGUCCUCAGCAUCCAAUGAAGCAGUGAGGUAUCCGGCAUGGAACUGGCGGGAUUGGAAAGGGUUUUUGUCCCGACUGUUUUGUCCUGUACCAGCGAUAAGACAAUAUCAGUACUUCCGCAUGACGACGGAAGAGCCAGGUGUGGUCACAAUUCGCACGAGAGUGGGAUGUCCAGAGGUCAAGGUUACAGUGACUAUGGAUGGCGUCCAUAUUCCAUACCAACAACCGCAGAUUGUAGAGGCCAAAGGACUCAGCCGAAACAGACAGGAGUACUUGUACAAAGUUGUCAGGCCAUAUCUCAGCGAUGCUAACAAGGAUGCUACUUGCCCAUGCCCAGAAACAUCACUAUAGUUAUGUCGUCGCAUCUAUCGCAUCUACGGCGAAAUAUUACACACAUUAUAAUGUCAAUAUUUACAGGCGAAUGACAAAUAACUUGAAACUUAUUCUUCAGUACUUUUUGAAUAUCCUUCAAUGUCUGUUUGAAUACAUUGGUUUAUUUAUAACACAUUUAAAUAACACUUUUUCAUAUCAAAUGAAAUAUUUGUAUUCACUUCUGCUCGUUUCUAUAGAAUUCAUGGCAAACGAAGAAUUAUGCAUACAAUAUAAGCUGUACGAUAAAUAAAUUGUGAACAUGCUAAGAAUAAUUAUAAAAAUUAUUAAAGAUUACUCGACUCUUAAUUUUUAGAAACAGCACUUUUGGGAAAUAAAAAUCUAACAUUUCAACACAAUGAAAUUAUUUUAUUAUUUUUAUUAUUGGAUAUUGUUGGUUUA